AUGCUCCACAACCCCGACGACACCCCCACCCCAACCACCACCACCACCUGGAACCCCCCGCCCCACCUCGCCGCCCGCUUCUCACGCAAGCGCCGCCGCCCCACCACAGGCACCCACUCGCCCUGCAGCGCGCCGCUCACCGCCUCCAGUCUCGCCACCACGCGCCGGCAGCUCCUCCUCGACAGCCGCAAGUCGCUGCUGCGCCAGCGCGCGCAGCACGUCGAGAAGGUGCGGCGCGCGCGGGCCAACAGCCAUGAAGCCGUGGGCGCGCGCCUCCUCGCGCUGCAGCAGGCGCUGAGCCAGGCGCAGGAGAGCCGGAAUGCAAUCUUGGCCAAGAUCGCGGGCAGCUGUGCGAGUGAGGUUGCGAAGGCGAAGAGGCUGGCGGGGGAGACGAGGGAGCGGCGGGAGAGGGAGGCGAGGGCGUUGAGGUGUGGGGUGGAGGAGAGGAUGUUGGAGGCGGAGAGGAGGCGGAUGGAGGUGUUGAGGGAGAGGAGGGGCGGAGGAGGACUGGUGGGGUGGGGUGAGGGUCAAGUUGGGGGGGUUGAGGGUGAAGAGUGGGGAGGAGGUGAGGGGGAGGCCGCGAGGUGCAUACAGAGGGUGUGGAGGGGGCAUGUCAGGGGGGAGGUUGUGAAGCGCUUCUUGGGGUUGGGACUGACGAUUGAGAGCGUGAGAGAUACGAGCUUUGAGGAUAUCUCGAAUAAGUUCCGGGAGGAGGGCGUCCAGAAGGCCACUGCCCGGCUGUUGAAGCUUUGCGGGCUGCUGGGCAGCUCGGCCGCCGAGGGAGAGGUCGACGUCGAGGUUGCCUGUAGGACCUUCCUGAGUGCAUAUCUAAUCCUGGGGCACCCAGCAGAAGUCUUGAGCAAUGACGGCGAGAACGAAAAGGCGUUAAUCACCAAAUCCAAAGAUCUCCUAAUCGCUUUCGAGUCCUUCUUAUCUGCGCCGACAUUCCCGCCUGCAAAGCACCUGGCCGAGACCUGGGAGUCCUUCAGCACGGCGUUCACCUCGUGGAAGGCCCGUGACUCGGAGAUUCUGAUCAAUACCAUGGUUGCGCAGUAUGCCGAGCUGGACCUGAUCUGGCAGAAGGUCAAAGACGACACCGAGCAGCAUGUAGCGGCGGACUUUAAGGGGGGCAUCAGGGAGAACCAGUUGAUACUGCUUGUGCGCAUCCGCAGGCUUGCCGGCGAGAAGACGAGAGGCCUCAUCAGACAGGCUGUCAAGGAGGCUAGGAGGACCCGGCUGCCAAAGAAGGAGAAGGGCGAUACAAGGCCCCGCGAGACUCCGAGCUCCUCGGAGGGUAAUACUGUCUCUACCGCGGUCACGGCAGCUUCUAGGGUUGCAAACACACCCGCGUCCCCCAUCACCGACCAAGCCUCCGUCCCCAUAGCCGCCCCGCCCACUGCGGACCCCACACACGACGCCUUCUCCCAGUUCUCAAACAGCGGCACCCUCAGCAACCGCCAAAUCGUGCACGAGCUCGCCCUCAACCGCGACUUCAAGCUAACGCAGCGCCAAAAGCCACCGCUCGAACAGCUCGUCGAGCGCGAGGCCAAACGCGCCUUCUGGGACCUCAUGCGCGACGACGUCCUCCACAACCGCAACCUCACAAAAUGGCUCCCGCCCAUGGCCCACUCCGUCAAGUCCAAGCUCCUCCACCUCCUCGACCCCGCCGGCUCCCUCCACCGCACAAUCACCGACGCAAUCGACACGGACCUCAUCGCCCAGCAGUGCCAGCACGGCACAUACGACCACGAGCGCUUCUUCGCCUUUGUCCUCGACCUCCUGCCGCGCAUAUGCUCGCCCGCCAGAGACGCGGACGUCCAGGCGCUCCGCAGCCACACCGGCGACUACAUCGACCGUCUCCAGCGCCUCUUCGACGUCCUCGAGCUCCUGCAGCUCGACCACGCGAACUUCCUCCUCAUGAUGUCCGCGCAGUACGUCAUCCCCGAGGCGGCGCCCUACGAGCGCCGCCUCUUUGCCGCCGACCUCGCCGCGGGCCGUACUAUGCUCAGUCGCACAACGGCGUGGCUGCAGGCCGCUAAGGAGGCGAAGCUGGCCGAGGCGGCGGCGAGAGACACGGAGGGCGUGCACCACCCGGAGAGCCGUCCGACGCCGGUGCAGAUCUGGAACCAUGCGUUCUUGGGGCUGAUUACGACGCUUGACACAACGCUGCUGACGGUGGAUACGGCGCCGGAGACGCUGCAUCUCGAUAUCGACCGGCUGAACGGGUUCCGUGCGGCGUUCCGCGCGGUGGUGCUGGGUGCUGCGAUCACGAUUACGACGAAGAACUUGCUGCGGCGUGAUGUGCGGUCGGGCUGGAAGGCGCUGAAGGAGCGUGUUGCGGCUCUACUCCUCUCUGCGGAGCAGCGGGGUGAGAUGGGGGGGAAGGAGGUGGGCGAGGGCAUCUGCGCGUUCCUGACCGAGACGGUUGCCACGCCGCGGGGCGUGCUGGGUCAUGUUUCGGGCGCCGUGGGGCGGAUUUUGGGGCGGGGCGGGGCGGACCCCGUGGUGCGGGUUGUGGAGGGACGGGUGAGGGGGUUUGUGGCGGCGAGGCUGGGCGCGGAGGGGAGUAGGGAGAGGGUGCGGCUUGCGACGGGGGGCGGGGAGACGUUGAGUGGGUUUGGGGUGGCGGAGUGGAUUGCGGAGGUGGGGGGGUUGGUGGAGGGGGUGGUGGGGUGUGGGGGCGUGAAUAGGGAGGUGUAUAGGGAGUGGUAUGAUGGGGUUUUGGUGGAGUAG